AUGACGUCAACGAAGCGGCUCCGCCCAUCAGUGGUACGUCAGAGUCGAGGCGGAAGCGGAAGGCAAGCAGUGGGCGCUGAAACAUGGCGUGCACAUACACACGCACAGUCAGGAUGACAGCCGGCGCGUGUGUGUUUUCUGCGCUUAUCGCAACAUGUGUGAUGCUGCAGCCCGCGUCGGCCAAGUCGGCCAAUUUAAGAGUAAUCACAGAUGGAAACUGGGAGGAAAUCCUGACGGGAGAAUGGAUGAUCGAGUUCUUUGCUCCGUGGUGUCCAGCCUGCCAGCAGCUCCAGCCUGUGUGGAAUGAGUUUGCAGAAUGGGGAGAAGAUUUGGGAGUGAAUAUAGCCAAAGUGGACGUCACCGAGCAGCCAGGUUUGAGCGGGAGGUUCAUCAUCACAGCUCUCCCAACUAUCUACCACUGUAAAGAUGGUGUGUUUCGGCGGUAUCAAGGAGCCCGAUCUAAAGAUGACUUCCUGAGCUUCAUUGAUGAGAAGAAAUGGCAGAGCAUAGAGCCGGUCUCUUCCUGGUUCGGCCCCUCAUCCUUCCUGAUGAACGCAAUGUCAGCCCUCUUCAAGUUAUCCAUGUUCAUCAGGCAUUGCCAUAAUUACUUAACGGAGCAGCUGGGCGUCCCUGUUUGGUGCUCGUAUGGGAUAUUUGCUCUAGCAACACUCAUCUCAGGAUUGGUCCUUGGAUUGAUACUGGUUUUCAUCGCAGAUUUUGCGUUCCCAUCACGCCGGUUUGCAUCAGAUUAUCACUACAGGAAACUGCCUGCUGGGCAGGUACGUCUCCUGCAGCAGUUGGAAGAUGAACAGGAAGCAGACGGAGAGGAAGAGGAUGAUGACGAUGAUUACGGUGGAAAGACUGCACAAGCAUUAAUUUACAAGUAA